AUGAACUUCAAGUGCAAGAAGUGUGAACUUCAUCUUGUCCCCUCUUCCCGACCAUCCGGUAUCCUUUAUCUUCAGCCCCAUGCUCAUUUGGAGGGGAGGGGUUUCCAGGCGACAACAUCAGAAACAGAGGCAGUAUAUCUUCAGGAUGCAUCACUGAGGACAUUGACCACAGAAAUUCUCUCGCAUCAGCCCGUCUCGUCACUGGCCGAAAAUGAAAAGAGCAUGAUCAAGGGUCCUAUUGACCCAGACAUGUCGGUGGUCACAAUGCGCCAAACGAUUCUCUAUCCCCAAGGGGGAGGUCAGCCCAGCGACACCGGCUCUCUGGCCCUGGUGGACCAAGAGCCCAGCUUCACCGUCUCCACGGUACGCAAAUCAUCCAGUGGCCGAAUCCUCCACUUUGGAAAGUCCACCACGCAGUCAGAUCAACUGUUCCAAAAGGGACAGCGAGUCAUCCAGCGAGUCGACGACGCAAAGCGUGAUUAUCACUCUCGCCUGCAUACAGGAGGUCAUGUCGUCGGUCUGGCGAUGCAGCUUCUGUUUCCGGAGUUGAAAAAAGUCAAGGCCAAUCACUUCCCCAAGGAAGCGUGCAUGGAAUAUGAGGGGCUGCUUUACAGCGAGCAGAAGCCUGUCAUUCAGGCCAAAGUCGAUGAGUUGGUUUCGCAGGAUUUGCCGAUUUUGAUCUCCUGGGUUGAAGAUGGUUCGGAUUUGGAGGGCCGGGGCGCAAGGAGGGACGGUCCCGUUCGUGUUGCGAGCAUCGGUGGACUGGAUAGGAAUCCUUGCGGUGGAACUCAUGUGCCUUCUACAAAACAGGUUGGCCCUAUCACGAUUCGCAAGAUCAGUCGGCAAAAGGGGGUGAGCCGGGUUUCCUAUGAGGUGCCCCUAGAGAUGUGA